CCGGGAAAGAACAACACAGCCCAGCACUCCUCUACUCCCCGUCCUCACUCUCGCUCACAGUCUCCCAGUCGCUCUCGCUCCCCUCCUCGCCGGCAUCCACCUCGGGCUCGGGCUCGGGCUGGGGCUCGGGCUGGGGCUCGGGCCCAAACAACUCAGCCCACAACUCCCCCUCGCCGUCCCCAUCGGCACCCUCAUCGCCCCCCUGAACCUUGAUCUUCUUCGGCACCCUCUCACCCUCAGCCUCCGGACCACGCCGCCUCUUGCAGCGCGCCCUCGGGCUCUCCGCCACCGUCUCAGCAGCGCCAUGCGCCUCCUCGUCGCUGUACUCGUCGCGGAACGCGGCUUCGUAGGCGUCCAGCGCCUCCUCGUAGGCCGCCCGCGCCUUGGCCGCUUUCCGGGCCUCUUGCCGGGCCUUUUUCCUGGCCUUGUCCUCCUCGGCCGCGAAGAGCUCGUCGAGGGAGAUCUUUUCGGGGACGUCGUCAUCGUCGUGGUCGUCGGCGUCGGGGGCGGCCUCCUCGGCCGCAAGCCUGGCGGCCUCUGCGAUGGCGGCGGCGGCGGCGGCUGCGGCGAUGUCGCCCGCUGUUUUGGCGCCGAUUUUAAUGGCGGGGUCGACUUCGGCGAGAAGAGAGGCGAGGAAGGACAUUUUUGAUUGUUUUGGUUGUUUUUGUUGGUGUUGGUUGGUUUGUUGGUUGGUGGUAGAAGUUGUAUUAGAAUUGGAGCUUGCUUGCUUGUGUGAUAUGGAAUGGACGUAGAAUAGGAGUUGAGAUUUGGAGAAGGGACAGGAGACGAGGAGACGAGGUUAUAAUGGAGUAGUUUCUCCCGUCUCGCUCGCGGAGAGUAAUCCUAUU